CAGAGAGAGACAGCCGGGAAGGGAGAGAGGGGUUGGAAAAGUUGCAGAAGGAGCAGAGUCAGAAAGCAGGAACGGACAGAGAAGGAAGUUUUCUGAGUCACUGGGAGGGAGGGGGAGUGAGAGGGAGACAGAAAGAGAGAUCAAGAACACUCAUAUGUAAGGACUGAGGAAAUAGGACGCUGGAUCUCGAGAGGGGAACCAGCAAGAGAGAAAGGGCUGAGGUUUCGAUCCUGGACAUCCCCCAGAGGAAGUAGAGGCUGGAGUAAGGGGAGAGACCGGGCCGAGGGGCAGGAAGGUACCCCUGGUCUUCUCUCGAAGACACCUGCACAGAUCCAAGACCAGCUGACCUGCAAGAUCAAGGGGAGAGGAGAUGGAGGACGGGAGACCCAGGAGCAGCUUGAGCGUCUCCAGCAGUGUCUCCACAGCCUCCUCCCUCAACCUCAGCUCCAAGCCGGCCCGGCCUGUCAGCCGGGUCCACGCUUUUGGGAAGAGGGAGAGCGCUCUCAAGAGAGACCCCAACCUGGCUGUGCAGAUCAGGGGCUGGUUAUACAAGCAGGAUAGCUCAGGGCUUCGUCUCUGGAAACGUCGCUGGUUCGUCCUCUCCGGCCACUGUCUUUUCUACUACCGGGACAGCCGGGAAGAGAGCGUCCUGGGCAGCGUGCUCCUUCCCAGCUACAGCGUCCGCCCAGAUGGCCCCGGGAUGCCCCGCGGCCGCCGCUUCACCUUCACCGCAGAGCACCCUGGGAUGAGGACGUACGUGCUGGGGGCUGACACCCAGGAGGACCUGCGGGGCUGGCUCCGGGCCCUGGGCAGGGCCGCCAGGGCUGAGGGGGAGGACAGUUUCCCCAGCAGAGGCCGCCCCUCCCUGCAGCCUGGCCCCGAGGGUCCCGGGGGGCCUGGGGGACCCCCCGAGCUGGGCAGCGGGGAUGAGGACCGCAGCGCCGAGUCUCUGGAAGUGGCCAGGAUCUCAGAGAGCCAGAGAGGAGGCGGGCUCCCCCCGAGCUCCCCAGCCCGUCCUGAGCCGAGGGAGCCCCGGAGCCCCCCGCCCCGGAGCCCCGAGUUGUUCUCACCCCUGUCCCGGCCCCCGUCCCCACUGGGGCUGCCCCGGCCCCGUUCGGCCCCAGCCCGGCGGCCCCCUCCUCACGCAGCCUCCUGCGAGGAACUGGGCCGCCCAUCCAGACCACACACGCCUGUGGGCCGCCUGGACGUCCGACCCCAGGACUGGGCCACUGCCACACCGCGCCGGCCCAUAUCCAGGCCUUCCACUCCGCGCCGGCCACUGGCCACUGAGGAGGGGCGGGCCCGGCCCCCCCGGAAGCCCCUGGACUGGACCCAGGAGUCCGGGGUGUCCCCUGGACCCUCCCCAUACCUACAGCUUCCCCCUCGGCCGCCUGGGUCCCGGACCUCCCUUGCCGCUCUGCCUGGAGCCCAUGCAGAUUCUACUCUCCGACGAGGGGCUGAGACAGAUGUGCUGCUGAACAGGUUGUGUGGGCAGGACCGGCUGCUGAGGGGGCUGGAGGAGGAGAUGGCGAGGAGGCGGGAGGAGAAGGAGCAGCUGGAGGCCGCCCUGGAGCUGACCCGUCGCCAACUAAGCCUCGUGCCGGACCAAGAGCCCGCAGUGGCCGUCACCGAGAGGAUCUGGACCCGCCAGCGUCUUCUCCAGGACCGGCUGGUGUGCGUGCGGGCUGGGCUUUGCCAGCUCACCCUGGAGCACGAGCGGGUGUGGGAGAACUACAGUGGGCUGGAGCAGGAGCUGAAGACACUGAGAGAGACACUGGAAUAUCUGUUACAGCUUGGUUCUCCCCAGGCCCGGGCGUCUGCCCAGCAGCAGCUGUGGAUGGUAGAGGACACUUUGGAGGGCUUGGGGAGCCCCUCUUCCCAUAAGCUACCACCCUAUCACCUAGAGGCCCCAGGUUCCCCUCUUCUGCCAAGAAGGAGCUCCCCUAAAUUAGAGAGCCCGCCCCAGGGGUCUCACCUGGAUUUGGGGAUCCCAGGGUCCCCAGACCUCCACUGGGGGAGUCUCCCGAAGGAGAGAGACACCUGCAGUACACCAACAGGCCUCAGCUCCCCCGGGUCCCCCUCAACACCCAGGCCUGACAUUCAGCUCCAGUUGUCCCCCCAGCCAGGGGCAAAGUCCACUGCCCGGGGAGUCCGACCCCGGAUGAGUGCCCAAGAACAGCUGGAGCGGAUGCGGCGCCACCAGGAGACCUGCCGGCCCCUUCCCUGUCCGGCAUCCCUGGGGCCUCGAGGGAGGCUGGGCUCCCUGGGGGGAGCCAGGAGGACCCUUUCUCCAUCCAGUCAACAGCCCCUUCAGACCCCGGAGCCAGUCAAUCAGGUUGCCACUCUCGCCCCGGACUCGCCAGAGGCCUCGGACCAGCCUGUGGUCACAGAGUGGAUCCGGAGUUCAGGAUCCUGGAGCAGCCCCAGGUCCCCCGCCCCGGCCUACGUGCCACCCCCCGAGGGUCACCGGGAACGGGUCCUCAGCCUGUCCUACGCCUUGGCGGCCGAGGCCUCGCACUGGCACCGGCUUCUCACAGGCCGGAGCCUUGCCGCCGCCGCCGGAGAGCCCUCCCAAUCUUCCCCCGUCCCCCGGGCAACGCCGCCGACCAAUCCCCGCGGGCCCCGGCCGCCCGCCUCGACCAAUGAGAGCGCAGAAUCAGGCCCCGCCCCCUGGGGGCCCUCCUCAGGGGCUGGGCCGGCCCCCUCAGACGAAGGCCCGUGGCCUCCUCGCGUCACCCUGCUCCAAUCCAGUUUCUAGGAUUCCCUUCCCCUUUCCCGAUUAAAC